AUGCUUCCUCACGACAACCAUCAAAGACAGCCAGACAAGACUGAGACAAAGGUGACUGAAAAGAUAACUGCCGCCGUCUUCGUUCUCGAAAACCUAGACAUGUAAGUUCUCUUCUCAAUAGCCAAAUUGCAUCUUACAUUGAUUGCUGUUUACAUGAACCAUUCUAAUAAGCGGUGUGACCUAAUAUUGGUCUGUUGAGUUGUGUGCAUAACCAACAUUUGGUGUAUGGCUUAAAACAAAGCAUGCGUAAGUGAUAGUCUGGCUCAUUCUCUAAAAGUGUGGUCUGUAUCAAUCAUCCAUCUAGUAUUCUAUGGUAUAUCAUUUUUAUUGUCCGAUUUUAUCGUAGAUUGUUCUUGUGCUGGACAUAUCGGGGGAAUACAGCGCAUUGAUGGUGGUGUACGAUUGUGUCAUGGAAGCCACCUGCCCCCGUACCUCCCUUUCUCGCCUCGGAUCUCCGCUGACAGUAACUGUGCUGUCCACUAUGCAUUUGCACUAAAUACAGUGAAAGUGAACUGGUAAGAGGAGAAGAAAUGAAAGGCCAACCACGGCUGUCCCUGGUUGCCUUCUCGGCAGUACUGUUCUGUGUGUGCCGCGCGACAAUCGUCUCCAACUGGACACGCGGCAGCCGCGACGCGCAAUCACCAUCAGCAUCUUCAUCAGACGAGGGAAGCGAGAAGGACGUGGGUGUCUCCCCAAACUCUGGCCAACAGCAUAUCUACAAUGUUGAUUAUUUCAGUAAGAAUGAAACAAUGGGCACACCAAAGCCGCAGGGGGACCUCAGCCAUAGGAAUGGCACUAUCUCCAUCAAAACCAGUAGAGGCAAUACAGGCACAACUAUGAUAUUUGGCAGGCCAGACCAUGUGCAAGGUGGAACAGGUUGGGCCAUGGAUGUAGGAGUGGCACCAAUAUGUGCCUACCGGGUGAUGGAAGGGGGAAUCGGGGGGCGGCUGUGUUUUCG